AUGGACGCCGCUCUCCUUCCAAUCAAUGAGCAAACCGCUCGCUUUCGUCAAGCAAUAGAAUGCAACAAAACACUCAUGACCGUUUUAUCGCGCGCGGCUGAAAUGAAGCUCCCCAAUUGGUAUCUCGCCGCGGGUGCACUCACGCAAACCGUCUGGAACGUCGUUACCAACCGCGACCCAGAACUUGGAAUUGACGACUACGACUUGAUCUACUUUGACGACUCAGAUCUAUCCUGGGAGGCUGAAGAUGCGGUUAUCCAGGCGGGAAAGAAGAUCUUUGCGGAUAUUCCAACUGAAGUUGAGAUCCGCAAUCAAGCACGCGUGCAUCUCUGGUACGAGAAGAAGUUUGGCAAGCCGUGCCCUCAACAUCGAUCCAGCGAAGCAUCUAUGACUACUUGGGGGACAAACACUGCGCUUAUCGGCGUUCGAUUGAGAGAGGAUGGUGAAUGGGAUAUCUUUGCGCCAUGGGGGUUCUCGGACAUGUUCAGACUCACGGUGCGCCCGAACCAGUUGAUCAUGACAGAAGAGACAUACCACAAGAAAGUUCAGCGCUGGAUCAAGUUAUGGCCCGAACUGACCAUCAUGCCUUGGAAAUGA